UUCACCACAAGUUGCACCGACGGCAGUUGCAACAAUUGAAAAACUCAAAGAAGAAAAUAGACUCAUGAAAGAGGAACGGGAUUUUCUGCGGGAGCAAUUGAGAGGUUCCCUCAAUAAAAGACAACUAGGGACAAACAGAAGAAUGCAAAAUGAUUCAUCUUCUGAGUCAGAAUCUGCAGACAACUCAACAUUCUCAGACACAUCAGAUUCCUCAGACAAGCCUCCAAAGAGAAAACACAAGAGAAAGCACAAAGUCAGAGAAGACAAAGAUACCUACAUUCGAAGAGUUAAAACUCCUGAUGAUGUUUUGCACCGCUACAAGGCCAUUCUGAAGAGCUUCCUACGGACUAGGAGUGUCUCCAGAAGCUGCAAACUACACAAUGUUGAUCGCAAUACCAUAGCUCUUACAGCUAUCAUUGCAGAGCUGCAGAUAAUUGCUACUCCUGAACUGCACAUUCCAGAAUUUCAGGGUGGAACUCUGCAGAAAUUUGCAAAAAAGUGCAAGGAAUAUCUGGAUACAAAACCAGAAGUCAUGAGUAAAAUCACUGAAAUGAAACAGAAUCGUGAGCUCCUACCAAUUGGAUAUAAAUUCCGAAAAGAAGACAAGUAAUUGGCUCAAAAGUAUAAGAUGUCUUGUUCAGUGCAGCAGUAGCAUUUAUACAGCGUUCACCAUGUAGAAAAGUAAUCUUUUUCAGAUUUAUUUUAAGCCCAUUUUAUUGAUUAAAAAACAAAGUGUGAAUGUUCCCCUCACUUUGUUGUCUUUAAGUUCACCCUGUCUUGUGUUAUGUUUCUAGAUAAAGUACAAUGUUUUAUAGACAAUGUAUAACUUGGAACUAAAUGGCUCUUUUAAGUUUCUUCUCUGUUAUGCACAAUAGUGCAAUCUAUUUUACAGUGCAUUACUAACAUGGACGUCUAAC